AUGAAAAUCAAGUCCACUCCUCCAAAAGUACAUGUCAUUGGCGCCGGUGUCGUUGGAUUGACGACCGCACUUUUGUUGCAAAUCAAAGGCUACAACGUUACAAUUCUUGCCAAACACUUUCCCGGAGACCUGAGCGCUGACUAUACAUCUCCAUGGGCGGGUGCUCGCUGGAAGACCAGUGCUCCCAAUGAUGACUCUCGACUACAACGCUACGACAUUGAGUCCUUUAAGCUCUUUUGGGAGCUUGCUAAAUGCCGAGCAGGCGAGACAGGCAUCAUGGUUGUGCCAUCGUUUGACUAUUACGAAAAGCCUACCGACGACCAACGCAACCCGUGGUGGAAGAAUGUAGUACCUGGAUUUCAAGUUAUCCCAAAGCAUGAGCUGCCGCCCAAGGUUGCCGUGGGCUAUCGUUUCACAACUGUCCUCAUUAACCCUGACCGGUACCUGAAAUGGCUGCAAGCACAAUUUGUUGCACUGGGAGGCAAACGUAUCCAUGUUGCCAUCUCGGACAUUCAGGAAGCAAUGGACGAUGAACAAAAUUCAGUUGACAUUGUCGUCAACUGCACUGGAUUGCACGCUGCAUGGUUAGGCGGUGUCAAAGACAAGAACAUGAAGCCUAUUCGUGGUCAAAACGUGCUUGUACGGGCUAAUCAUAUUCGGCGAACAAUCUCGAUGAAGACGAAAGAUGCAUACACGUACAUCAUUCCUCGUUCAGAUGGCACUGUCAUUCUGGGCACGACAAAGGAGGAGCAGGGCACAGAUAUGGAGCCUAAUCCAGCUCUUGCAAAAGACAUUAUGGAACGAGCAUGCAAGUAUUGUCCAGACCUGACCAACGGCAAGGGCAUAAAGCGAUUGGAUGUUGUGGGCCAUAUUGUGGGUAUCCGACCCGGUCGUGAAGGUGGUCCGCGCGUUGAAAAUGAGUUCAAAACAUCUCCCUCUGGAAAACCUAUUUUGGUUACUCACAACUACGGACACGACGGCUCUGGAUAUCAGUCCAGCUGGGGCUCAGCAAAGCACGCCGCUCAGCUGGUCGAAGAAGGUUAUGCCGCACUGCAAGCACGUUCAUCCAAGAUCCAGACACUUCUUGCCCGACUGUAA